AUGACACGACUUAAAAUUACUUUCUUCGAUUCGUUUAUCUGGCAACAUAACACGAUGACCUUCCACACAAUGGGUCAGUGCUAUAAGAAUAAGUCCAUUUGUUAAUGCAAAUAGUGAGAUCUCGACUCUCGAACAAAUCGCUCAGUGUUUGUGUUUUCAUUUUCCACAAAAUUAACGAUGCGCUUGCGCAAAAACUUUCGCGUUUCGUCGCCUCAAAAUGUUUAUAUAGCAACAGCGGUUUUACUACUAGUUUGUUGUCUGAGUUGUUCGGCGGCAACAGUCGGCGGUAAAAGACCAGCAUCACCAUCGAUUGCAACAAACCCAGCCAAAAAACAAGCAACAGUUAUGGAGCCCGCAUUUGCAAAUGCCGGUCAAAACGCCGGAAUUCAAAUUUGGAGGAUUGAGAACUUCAAACCGGUAGCUUACCCCAAAAACGAAUACGGGAAAUUCUACUCAGGAGACUCCUACAUUGUCCUAAGUACGAAAAUCAAUAAACGGGGCGAAAAAUCAUGGGAUAUACACUAUUGGCUAGGCUCGCAGACCAGUCAGGAUGAGGCGGGUUCGGCUGCAAUCUUCGCAGUCCAACUCGAUGACCAACUUGGCGGCGUUCCAAUCCAAUACCGGGAAACGCAAGAGCACGAAUCCCAAUUAUUCCUGUCAUAUUUCAAAAACGGCGUCCGCUACCUCCCCGGAGGCGUCGCCUCCGGCUUCACCCACGUGGACCCCAACGCGUUCGAAAAGCGCCUGUUCCAAGUCAAAGGCUCUCGCAACAUCCGCGUGAAGCAAGUGGACCCCGUCGUCAGCUCGAUGAACAAAGGCGACUGCUUUAUCCUCGACGUAGGCCGCGAUAUCUACGUGUACGUUGGGGCCAAAAGCAAGCGAGUUGAGCGGCUAAAGGCCAUCUCGGCCGCCAACCAAAUCCGCGACCAGGACCACGCCGGCAAGGCCAAAGUCAACAUCAUCGACGAGUACAGCCCCGAUCACGAUUUCGCCGAGUUUUUCAGCGCUUUGGGGAGCGGCAGCGCCGCCAGCGUUCCCGAUGAGUCCGCAGGGGGUGACGACGCCCAGUUCGAGUCGAAUCAGGAGCGCGUGGUGUCGCUAUACCGCGUUUCGGACAACAGUGGCAGCCUCAAGGUGGAUCUUGUUGCCCAGAAGCCGCUCCAGCAGUCGCUGCUUGAUGGCAACGACUGUUUCAUCCUCGACAGCUCCGACUCCAACAUUUUCGUUUGGAUUGGCAAGAAAUGCAACAACAAGGAGAAACAGGAAGCUAUGGUCAAGGCCCAGAACUUCCUCACGUCGAAAAAAUACCCGGCCUGGACGCACGUCCAGAGAAUCGUUGAAGGGGCAGAACCUACGGCUUUUACACAGUAUUUCCAGUCUUGGAGGAACCGGAACGAACUACAUACUAGACUUAUCCGGUCCCCGAGUACUGAGAAAUACAAUUCGUUCGAAACGCGUCUUUUCCACGCCGAAAUUAAGGCGAAGACCAACAAAUUCGAAGUUGAGGAAAUUAUCGAUUUCGAGCAAAGCGAUUUGAAUGAGGACGAUGUCAUGCUGUUGGAUGUUGGGAAGGAUCUUUUUGUUUGGAUCGGAAACGGGGCCAGUGUCAAGGAGAAGGCCAAAGCGAACGACCUUGCAAAGAUGCAUUUGAAGAAAUACGGGCGUGAGGACACCGCAGUGACUUCCAUAGCGCAAGGACACGAACCCGAAGCCUUCACCUCCGUGUUCCCGAGCUGGAACCCCGACUUCUGGGACUCCCUCGAGUCCUACGAUGACAUCAAAGCCAAAAUUGCCGAAGACAACAAAGCACUGUAGUCACAACUUUCAGAUUAUUUAUUGGAAUUUUCCGCUUUAUAUAAUUAAAGGACUGAUAUAAGCUUUGUUACGUUGUUUCUAUGUCUAAAGUUUUAAUAAAGGGACAGUUUUAAUACUUA